CGGAGUGCUUCCUACAGCAAUAGCCGCUUGACUGAAGGGGAGAUCCCGACUCCCUUUUCGUCCUCUGCUCCCUCAGGAACAAGAGGAGUUUGCAUGCAAAAGGUGGUUUGUCAAGGCAAGCCAUGGAGGGACUUGCCUAAAGACGAGCCAACAUAACCGACAUAAGAGCUUUAAAUUAUUUUCCCAUAUUUCGGGGGGGUGAGGAGGUCAGUUUAACAUCUUCCCAGAAGUCUCCUUUUCCAUCACCAUGGCUGAGAAACUCGGACCAAUCGGAGUUAAGCCCAUCAACAUCCGAACUGCUCCCUCGCUUCCCCCUGAGCCCAUCGACAUAAUCCGCACCAAAGCCCGCUCCCGCAGAGUCCGCCUUAAUGUCGGGGGUCUGAAUCAUGAAGUCCUGUGGCGGACCCUGGAUCGGCUACCCAGGACCCGGCUUGGCAAGCUUCGAGAGUGCAACAGCCACGAGUCCCUGAUGGAAAUCUGUGACGACUACAGCCUGAACGAGAACGAAUACUUCUUCGAUCGGCACCCGGGGGCCUUCACCUCCAUUUUGAACUUUUACCGCACAGGCAAGUUGCACAUGAUGGAGGAGAUGUGCGCCCUGUCGUUUGGCCAGGAGUUAGACUACUGGGGUAUUGAUGAGAUCUACCUGGAGUCUUGCUGCCAGGCCCGUUACCACCAGAAAAAAGAGCAGAUGAAUGAGGAACUGCGGAGGGAGGCAGAGACAAUGAGGGAGAGGGAGGGAGAGGGAGAGUUUGAUAACACCUGCUGCCCGGACAAGAGGAAGAAACUGUGGGAUCUCCUGGAGAAACCCAACUCCUCAGUGGCUGCCAAGAUUCUAGCCAUCAUAUCAAUACUGUUUAUCGUCCUCUCCACCAUCGCACUUUCCCUCAACACUUUACCAGAGCUUCAGCACAAAGAUGAGUUUGGCCAUUUCAAUGAUAACCCCAACCUGGCCCAUGUGGAGGCCGUGUGUAUUGCCUGGUUCACCAUGGAGUACCUCCUUCGCUUCCUGUCUUCUCCGAAUAAGUGGAAAUUCUUCAAAGGCCCACUUAAUGUUAUUGACUUGCUGGCCAUUUUGCCCUACUAUGUCACCAUAUUCCUAACAGAGUCGAAUAGGAGUGUGCUGCAGUUCCAAAAUGUGCGUCGUGUGGUGCAGAUAUUCAGAAUCAUGAGAAUACUGAGGAUCCUGAAGUUGGCCAGGCACUCCACGGGGCUCCAGUCUUUAGGAUUUACUUUGAGAAGGAGCUACAAUGAACUGGGGCUACUUAUCUUAUUUCUUGCCAUGGGCAUCAUGAUAUUUUCCAGCUUGGUCUUCUUUGCUGAAAAAGAUGAAGAUGCCACCAAAUUCACCAGUAUUCCUGCCUCAUUCUGGUGGGCCACCAUUACAAUGACUACAGUGGGCUACGGUGACAUUUACCCACAGACGUUGCUUGGAAAGAUUGUCGGUGGACUGUGUUGCAUUGCAGGUGUACUUGUCAUUGCCCUACCAAUCCCCAUCAUUGUAAACAACUUCUCUGAGUUCUACAAAGAGCAGAAGAGGCAGGAGAAAGCCAUCAAGAGAAGGGAGGCUCUGGAGAGAGCCAGAAGGAAUGGUAGCAUUGUGUCAAUGAACCUAAAAGAUGCCUUUGCUCGUAGUAUGGAACUGAUAGAUGUAGCGGUAGAUAAAGGAGAAAACAAGACGCCUCUUGAGAACCAUCUGUCGCCUAGCCGCUGGGGCAGCCAUACCAGGCAUGCCUCUUCUGAAACCCAUCUGAAAUCACCUGACAAAAGAAACCCAGAGUUUCUACCCGAAAGUUCUCCCCAUCACAUAACCAUCACCACAACUGGAAGUCCACAGCGGACAAGCAGGACCCCACAGCACCUUAGUGCUCAAACACUGGAGGAGAUGUAUAGUCAAAUAACCAAGUCACAGUCCUUCAGCAAUCUCAACACUACAAGCUCCAUGAGCACUCUGAGCACAACUAUGACUGCCCCGGCAUCACCGAAGAAAUCCCAGAGCCCUGAAUUUGCAUUAAAAGAGGAGGUGGGGAUGGAGAUGAAGGAAGUCCAGCCCUCCUUGCCAGAAAACUUUGGAAGCUGUUCAGCUGGCAUCGAAAAACAGAGCUCAAACUCAGGCGAGGAGGAUGCUAGAUCAUGUCAUAUCAGACACCCCAGGGCCCCGCCACCUCUGAAUCUUAGCUUACUGAGGCCCAGUGAUGACCAGAGGUUUCUUAAAGAUGGUCUCUAUGAGUCUGUCAACCCAAGUGAUGGAUCAGAGCUCUACAUAGACGAAGGGGAAAGCUUUAACAGUGCUGUGGAGAAUAUCCAGGGCUCUCCAAGACGGAUUAAUCCUCUAAAAAUAAAAGGGUUGAAGGUCAAUUACACAAAGACCUCUGCUGAAGGCCCUCUGACACCACCCAGUACUACUUCUCCUGGAGACAUCAGCUCCAGCAUCCUGGAAGAUGAGUCUCCAGUGGGAGAGACAUCACCACUCAUCCCUAGUUCAGAGGGGCUUCUUCCAGUCACAAUGGAAGACGUCUGCCCUCUGGCCCCUAAGAGGCUGGUGGUGGACACCCCACCAGGGGAUGAAGAUUCACAAUCCACAGAGAAUCAUGAGGAGAAGCACCUGAUGGAGGUGGCGGGAGCAGCGGUUGCACCAUUGUCACCCAAGACAGCAGCACAAAAUAGCACCCAAGGUGUGGUUGGGGCAGGUGAGGAGGUUAAGCCUGACAGCAACCAAAGUGGACACAAAGUAGAGAACCACAUGUUUACAUCCGAUAUCCACCUGAUACCCGGGGAUGGCAGCCUCUCUCCAACAUGUGAAACCAGCAUGUGAAUGUAAGGGACAUUUGAGGGACAACAGACCUAGUACAACCUCAGCCUGAAGUUUGGGAGAGCAGGGAGGAAAGUCAAGGGUGCAGCGGUGGCGAAAGAUCUUUUUGCAUGGCAUGACAAGUCUCUUAUACUUGUGUUGUUGUUGAAUUGCAGAAAAAGAAACUGCAGUGCUUUGUGCAGAUCCUGGAAAAACAGUGGGCUCAAAGAGGACACUUUUGAGAAACAGAGAAUUCAUCAAAUCACGUACACGCAGGUCCUCCAGAUGUACAUAACGUCUCCUUUUCUAGCAAAAGAAGGAAAUGCACAGAGGAACUGUAAAAGCAUGCUUUUUUUUUAAAAAUCAAAGGACAGAUAUUUUACGGUGCUUAGUUUGCUGAAAGCGCUCCACUGUAAAUACUAGGACAUCUAAGGCAAUGACAAUGCACAAGAUGGCAAGGGAAGACAGUCACUGAGGGUACUAAUAUUUGUAAUGUGAAAAAGAAGGGGUAGGGGUUUGGAUAGACAGCCCUCAGAUUGGGUGUUGCAUCGUAGCGACCUAUAAAAAAAAGAAACAUAUCAUUACCUUUUGUGGCAAUGCAAAGUGUUCUCAUGAUGGCCCUGUUUCUUUGUUUUGUUUCGUUUAUGUUUUGUUUGGUUGGUUUUUUUCUCGUGAAUAACAGAUGAAACUGUAACGUUGAGAUUAAUAUAUUUGUUUUUCAUAGAAGCUGUUGAACUUUCAGUUUGAGCAUCUUUGAAUUCAUGAAUGUGGGAAAGAAAGAUAAAAACACCUUGAAUUCUCUCUAAAAAAAAAAAAAAAAAACCACCAAAAAAAAACACCUGUAGUUGCCAAGUAUUUAUCAAACCAGUAAGAAGAUGAACUAUCAGACACUAAAGCUACUGACAAUAUUUAUCACGAGAUUUAAGAUGCUCCUCGUUCAGCCUUUUGAUUCCAUCCAAAUCAGAGGAAAUGAUCUUAUUUACUCUCUAACAUCAAUUAUAUAAAUAAAUAUAUCUAUCUAUCUAAAAGUAGUUUUAAGAAUGAAACGUGAUAAGUAGGGCUAGAUUGGUUGUAGGAAAAGUCUACAAUAUGUAGGUGAGACUCCAUUUAAAAAAACAAAAAAAAGAGGUAAGACUUAUUAUUCACCAAGGUAGAUUUGGUCAUUAACACAGAUAUAUGCGUUACGCUAUCAUUAUCUAUUUUGGCUUUUUAAAAGGGGUAGAUUACAACAACAAAAAAUGACAGUAUUCCUUCUGAUAUCAAUGGACCAAAUCAAGCACACUGGCAAGCUUUCUUCUAUCUCGAAUGCAUUAUAACAUAUAUGGUAAUAACAUGUAUUUUGACAGUAGGUAUGCUUUUGGAGUUUUGUUUUUU